ACAAAACGGCACAUCAGCAUAUCUGUAUUAAUACAAUUUCUAAUACACACAAAUACACAUAGUGCGUGCGUGCGUGUGUGUGUGUGUGUGUGUUUAAUAAGUCUCCCUCUCUCAGAUGAAGUUGGAGCGUUGGUGUUUGAUAUCGGCUCUUUUUCCACCAGAGCAGGUUACGCUGGAGAGGACUGCCUCUGCAUCGAUACCUCCAUCUAUUCCUUCAUCUUUCCCUCUAUACCUCCAUCUAUCCCAUCAUCUCUCCAUCUAUCCCUUCAUUUUUCCCUCUAUACCUCCAUCUAUUCCAUCAUCUCUUCAUCUAUCCCUUCAUCUUUCCCUUCAUCUUUCCAUCUAUACCUCCAUCAAUACAUCCUUCUAUACCUUCUCCAGACCGUAAUAAGUUAUUUUGACACCACAGCACUGCAUGUUCCCCGAGCUGAAGUUGAACUGAUAUCACCUCUAAAGAAUGGCAUGAUUGAAGAUUGGGAAGGUUUUCAGGUUAUAAUGGAUCACAUUUACAGUAAGUAUAUCAAGUCUGAACCCGGCCUGCAUCCAUUGCUCAUGUCUGAGGCUCCAUGGAACUCCCGGGCUAAGAGAGAGAAGCUGACCGAGCUGAUGUUUGAACACUACAACAUCCCCGCCUUCUUCCUCUGCAAAACUGCAGUGCUAACAGCUUUUGCGAGUGGCCGUGCCACUGGACUUGUAUUGGACAGUGGAGCUACACACACUACGGCCAUCCCAGUGCAUGAUGGCAGUGUGGGGAGCACAACUGCCCUGCACACUUUCAACUUGGUCUGGAUGGUGAUGCCUCUUUGGUUCCAAACCUUGGCAUACAGUCUCCCGAAAGCUGAGCUGGCUCUUGCAAUGCGGACGUUUACUUCGUCAUCUAUUGUGGUAUUUUGUGACAACGUGCUGCCGAGCAUUAAGGGCACGGUCAUCAGCAAAGAGGAAGUCCCUGAUGAUGUCUGUCAAAACCUUGGUUUUUGCUCGGAGCCUCCUGAGGUUGAACAGAUUACCAUCUGUGUGGUACUUGAUGCCUAUCCCAACAUCAUUGUCUCUAAAGGCGUCAGUCAGCAUUGCGGAGAACAUGAGGCUGAACAGGGUCGGUGCCAGGACACAACCCUGCUUGAUGCCAUUGGAAACUGGGAAUGGCUGAGACACUUCUCCAUUGUCUUGGACUCUUGCCUCCAUGCCGUCAUGGAACUGCUGCAGCAUGGCUAUGAACUUCCUUGGGCAUCCGUAGUUGGCCAUGAUUUUCCAAAAGCCUUCACUGCUGACAGUGUAAAAGGCCUUGAUCAGGCCAACACCUCUGCUGGAAUGGAGUCUGAGCCAGGUGCUUUGCCACUGGAGAGGAGACAUAUCGCUUUCUUGGUCUCAAGCAAGGGAGCUCCUCCAGUGUGGACAAAGAAAGACAAACUGCUUCUUGUCACAAAGUCCUGGCAAACAUAUAUGUGUAAUUUAUCACUGUAUUUUCUGUCUGUCUAUCAGGAGGUGAUUCAGGAUUUUCAAGCUUCAGUGCUUCAAGUUUCUGACUCACCGUAUGAUGAACAGGUUGCAGCUCAGAUGCCGACACUGCACUAUGAGAUGCCGAGUGGAUAUAAUGUGGAUUACAGAGCAGAGAGAUUGUGACUUCCUGAAGGUCUGUUUGAUCCGUCCAACGUGAAGGUACUAUCUGGUGUCACCCAGAUGAGGACGGGGUUUGUCAGAGUGACCAGCAUCAGCAUGUGUGACAUCGAUAUCAGACCUGGUCUCUAUGGGAUUGUCAUUGCAACAGGUGGAAAUACUUUGCUGCAAAGCUUCACUGAAAGACUCAAUAGGGAGCCAUCGCAGAAAGCACCGCUUAGUAUAAGGCUGAAGCUGAUUGCGAGUAACAAUUCGAUGGAGCGAUGCUUCAGUUCGUGGAUCGGUGGCUCGAUUUUGGCGCCGCUGGGCACUUUCCAGUAAAUGUGGAUCUUGAAGCAGGAAUAUGAUGAAGGCGGGAAACAGAGUGUGGAGAGAAAUUGUCCUUAAAUCACAGCAAUAAUAAACAUCUGACAAACUGAUUUCUAAUAAAGUUCAGAUCAUUAUUCAGUCUGGUAUUCACUCUGUUUAUUCCUCUGUCUGUUAUUCACUCUAUUUAUUCCUGUCUGUUAUUCACUCUGUUUAUUCCUGUCUGUUAUUCACUCUGUUUAUUCCUCUGUCUGUUAUUCACUGUGUUUAUUUCUCUGUCUGUAACUCACUCUGU